CGACAUGGUACCGAGUUAUAUGCUCUGUUGGGACACGGCUCGUGGGACAAUCACUCUACGGUAUUUUCUUCCCUAUUCCACAUAUUUUAACAUCUAUAGAAUCAAAAGAUGGAAACUCUUAAUCCAGAAGGCCUGCAUACAAUAAUAUGUAACACAUAUCAAAAUAUUUUUGAGGUAUCUCCUGUACUUAAAGAACUCGCUACAGCUGCUAGACAUUACCAUAAGGCUAUACAAAAUGUAACCACAUCAUCUUCUGCUUUCCAUCAAGCGCUCAACAAGAUCUCACAAAUGGCUUCCACGUCUGUGGGACCUGCUAAACCGCUAGGGCAGACAAUUGAAGACAUUAUGGAAACCAAUCGUGAUAUAGAAAACAGACGCUCAGAGAUCCUCAAGACCAUGAUGAAUGAUCUGAUAGUUCCUUUGGAGUCUCUCAUUGAAUCAGACAAUGUUUAUGUUAAGGCUGUUCAAAAGAGUUACAAUCAAGACAACAAAACGAAAGUUGAGCUGGUAGAAAAAGCAAGAUCUGAUCUGAUGAAAGUGAGAAAGAAAAGCCAACGUAAAAAGCCAACUGAUAAAUAUGAAGAAAAGGAACGACAGUGCGAUGAAUAUCAUUCCAACUUACAAAAACAACUGGCCAACUUCAGGAAAGAAUCCUGUCAGAGGUCGUUGUCAGAAGAAUGGAAGCGAUACGUAUUCGUAGUGGAAAGAACUAACAUAUUCAUGAAGAGUUACAUGGAGUUUUACGACUACAACGCAGCCAUGUUGAGAGAGAAAAUAUCUUCGUGGCUUUCUCAAGUAAAGAAGAGACCCGAAGAAGAGGCCAAUGGUUCGGUCGCACAUGGAGUGGAACCUCUUGGUCCUUUGACACAAAGUAAAGUAAAAAUUAUGGCUAUUUUUGACCACAACGCUGUAGAAGAAUCACAGUUAAGCUUCAAACAGGGAGACAUCAUCGACCCGAUCAGUGAAGUGGUUUCUGGAUGGCAGUACGGACAGAAUAUCAAAACAUCAAAGUCAGGCUGGUACCCAUCCGCUUACACACAAGAGAUUAUCGCUGUUCCUACAGGAUCAUCUGUAAGCCAAACUAUGCCUGCCUCAGGUGUUCAUACACGAGCUGAGUUGAGUCAGACUAGCAAGUCAUUAAAGAGAUAUUCAAGUGCAGGCCCAGCCAUGAUGAAUCUACCGUUACCUGACUAUGGUGCUAGUAGCAGUACUGAAUCCUCCACUAAAACACAAGAAAACAAACCCGAUUGUACUCCCACUGCGUCUCCAGGACCAACCAAGAGUGGAUCCGCACCUUCAUCGCCAGCGAACCAUCCAAAGCUUGGAGCUCCACCGCCACCACCAUCACCACCCACUGAGGUUCCAUCGCCACCCCCACUCCCUGAAAACAAUAAUGAAAGUGAAAAGUCUAAUCCGUUCACUGGUGUCGCCCUAAAGAAGGCAGUCACAAACGAUCGCUCAGCGCCAAAGAUUUAAUGAAUUUAAUCCUACACGGUCGAAGUACGAAAAUGACCUGCUUAGAUUCAGCUUUUUAAACUGAAACCAAUCAAGUAAAAUCAUUGUCUCUAGUACUUUGACAGUAAUAAUUUUUUUGACCAACCGACCUCGUUUUGAUGUUUUUCAAAGUGAGGCUGGACAGGCCUCGACACAUUGAAGGUAUAUCAAUAGCUAGAACAGUCGCGUUAUCUAUUCACUAGAAUGUGUAAAUUGAUUAUAAAUUGAAUUGAAUUUGGAAUUGAAAAUCUAAUAUAUUUAGUUUAUUUCAAAUCGUAGUAGUAUAUUUAUAGAAAAAAAUCACGAUUUUAAAGUUGGUAGAUUGGUAGUAUAUCUGUAGAAAUCCGCUAGUUUAUCGUAAACUCGACGACUGACUUUGUAAUGGCUUUUGCUCUAAGCCAAUCAAGAGUUGGCACUAAAAUACACGCGCGUGCUUAUCCAAUCACAGCGCUUCAAAUUGGGAAGACAUUUAAGUGUUGCCAAAUGAAACGAUUUUCUUUUUCUUUUUUUCCAAACAAAAUUCGAAUUCUUUGAAAAAAAAAUUUUUUUUCCCACUAGGAUAGUAGAUUAUGAGAAAACCUAGUGUGGUGUUUUGUCAAUUACUUUCGUAAAGUCAGACAGUCAGUCAGCUUAAGUAUCUUCAUGCGAGACAUGAAACACUUUUUUAAGAUAAAUGAGAUUCAUUCGUUCGUCAUUCCUCUACAACUUGAUAUAUCUUUCAAGUUCAAUAAUCCAGAAUAUAAUUUUCUAUUAUUCCUUUACAUCUGUAUGCAUAUUUUUUCCCGUUUAUAUUUCGUUUUUUUCAAUAGUUUGUAAACUUAUAGGAAUCCAACAUUUCAGCGCAAGUAACUGCGAAAAUUGAGUUCUAUAUAAUUAAAAUAAAGUUUAGUUUAUUGAUUAUUUCAGUGAAUGAAAUUCGAAUAGAUUUGAUUCUUUAGAUCAGUAGUAUUGUAAAUUAUUUCUGAUAAAGAAAAUUAAUAAAUGUGAAAAUAUAUUACUUAA